AUUGACUUUGACCCAAAACAGGAUAGCAGAGACCAGAGAGGCUGGAGCUCAGCGAGAUAGCGUUAGCUACAUAGAAAAACGUAUUAACUAGCUAGCUAACGUUAGCCAUUAUACUUUUAUCAUCUGACGUUACGUUAUAUUUACUGCGUAGCUAAAGAUGAUGGAUCGCGCCCAUAGACAGAAUAUAAGAGAUCGCGCCAGAGCCUGUUGCAGCUACUUCCGGAAGAAGAAUAAGUUAGCCGCGUACAGCCUUUUCGCUGUUAUCAUGGGCAUUGUUGUGGGCGUGAUUCUGAAGAUCUACGUCCCUUUGUCACAUUUUGAGAUGGAGUACAUCAGUUUCCCAGGAGAAAUACUCGUGCGGAUGUUUCACUUGGUUACCAUUCCUCUGAUUGUGUCAAAUGUUAUACAAGGAGUUUGUACUCGGAGUGUUGGCAUCUCCAGAAAAAUCACCAUACGUACAGCAGCAUACUUCAUCUCAACCACUCUUCUGUCUGUUACUAUAGGGUUAACACUGAUACUGUUGGUCAAGCCUGGGGUCCCUCGCAAUGGUCGUGUGACAGAUGAUGAUGAUGAUGAUGAACAUGCCUUCUCCGAAGUCGAUGCCUUGUUGGAUCUAAUAAGAAACAUGGUGCCAAAAAAUCUGGUUCAGGCUAGUUUUCAACAGUACAAGACUCAGAAGGUGGUGCUUGCAAUUGAUGAAUUGGAUGAAACGUCUGGCCAGGAAGUGACAAGGGACGCAGUGCGUCUGGUGGGUAAACAUGUUGAGGGACUCAACGCUCUGGGCCUUAUUGUCUGCUCUGUUAUUUUUGGAGUGGCCCUCAGGUCAUUGGGAGAAGAAGGGCAACUCUUUGUGGACGUCAAUACCGCAGUUCACAAUGCCGUUAAACAUGUGGUUCACAUUAUAAUUGGCUUCUUGCCAAUAGGAUUGUUCUUCAUGACUGCAAGCUAUGUUGUUGAGGUUUGGAACAAAUACGAGACUGUCUUCAACCUUUUAAUGUUCAUAGCAUCGGUUACUGGCGGGCUCAUCAUCCACGCAGCAAUAGUCCUACCGCUGAUCUAUCUCGUGAUUGUGAGACGGAACCCCUUUACUAUCAUCAAGGGCGUUUAUCCUGCUUUAAAGGAGUCAUUCCUUGUCUCGCGCAGCUAUUCCUACGCGCAGACUUUCCGAUGUUGUGAGGACGUAAUCAUGAUUGACAAAAGAAUCACUCGCUUCAUGCUGCCGAUUGGGCAUAAUAUCAACAUGGACGGAACAGCCCUUUAUGAAGUGGCGGCAGCAGUUUUCAUCGCCCAACUCAACAACAUGCAACUGAGCUGGAGCCAGAUUAUUACCCUUGCUGCGACAGUAUCAGUGUCCAGUGUUGGAGAAGCAGGGAUCCCAGCCACAGGAACAGCCACCACCCUCUUCAUUUUGACAGUCAUUGGGAUUCCUGUGAGGGACGUGUCUCUUUUGAUGGUUUUAGAAUGGCUGCUAGAUCGCGGCAACACUGCUGUCAACGUCCUGGGAGACUGCAUUGGCGUGGGGAUUGUUGAACAUUUGUCAAGAAAGGAACUGGAAGAAAUGGGCCCAUGGGAGGACACGGGAAGUGAUGGAAGACACUAAUAGUGCAGAGCUCCCAGGUCCCGGGACACCAGGAAGUUGACAGAAAGUCAACUGCUCCUGUUUCUAAAAGGCAUCACCUGGAACAACAAGGAAUUUAAGUCAAGAUGUGUCUAAUAACCUUGUUGGAUCACGGCAAUGCAGUCAAUAAAGACAUGAAUAUUCAUCAAAGAUAUCCUCAACAAUAUUGCAUUAAUGCCAUCUUAUAUCAAUUAUAAUAAUUACAUGAAAGAGGUCAACUCCCUCCUCCAAGGCAAAAUGUCUGGUGUCUCUCAAACGAUGGCCAGUUUGUC